GAGUGCGGUGCGGUUGUGUUGUUGUCCCUCGCGUCCCUCUCGCUCUGCGUUUUCUUUUCAGCUGACCUUCCCCGGGUCUCUCUUCUCCCGAGCGUCUCCUCUUACCCGGCGUCUGUGUUCUCGGAUGACAGAACGAAGACUCCUUAUUCUGUUUGGCAGCCAAACUGGGACUGCUCAAGAUACAGCUGAAAGAAUUGGCAGAGAAGCCAAACGCCGGCACUUCCAGUGCAGAGUAGAGGCUCUGGACAGCUAUGAUGUGGCAAACCUCAUCAAUGAGCUGUUGGUGGUAUUUGUGUGUGCAACCACUGGCCAGGGUGACCCACCCGACAACAUGAAGAUGUUCUGGCGGUUUCUGUUCCGGAAGAACCUGCCACCCACUUCCCUUUGCCAGAUGGACUACGCCGUGCUGGGCCUUGGUGAUUCCUCCUAUCCCAAGUUUAAUUUUAUUGCCAAGAAGCUGCACAAACGGGUGCUACAGCUUGGGGGCAACCCGCUGCUGCCAGUUGCAUUGGGAGAUGACCAGCACGACUUGGGGCCAGAUGCAGUGGUUGAUCCGUGGCUCCUGGCCCUAUGGGACAAGAUCCUUGCCCUGUAUCCUCUCCCUCCUGGCCUUGAGGUCAUCAGUCCUGAUGUAUGCCUGCCCCCUAGAUACACCCUGCACUACCUGGCUGAGGACUCCCUGCACUCUGACAGCAGCCUGCUCCAGUCAACACCACCCAGGACUCUUCCUUCUGAGCUCCAUCCCUUUGCUGCCCGCAUGGUGUCCAACCAGCGCGUCACAGCUGAAUCCCAUUUCCAGGAUGUCCGGCUCAUCGAGUUCGAUGUCACAGGAUCAGGGAUCACAUUCAGCGCUGGAGAUGUGGUGAUGAUCCAGCCCCAGAACUGCCCUGAAGAUGUGCAGCAGUUCUGCCAGCUCCUUCGCUUGGAUCCAGACAAAUGCUUUUUGCUGAAACCCACAGAGCCUGGCACAGCCCUCCCUGCACACUUGCUGCAGCCCUGCACCAUCCGACAUCUGGUCACCCACUACCUGGACAUCUCCUGUGUGCCACGGCGCUCCUUCUUUGAGCUCUUGUCCCACUUCUCUACGAACGAGCUGGAGCGGGAGAAGCUGCAGGAGUUCAGCUCUGCACAGGGCCAGGAAGAGCUGUACAGCUACUGCAACCGACCUCGCAGGACCACCCUUGAGGCCCUCUGGGAUUUCCCUCACACCACAUCUGCAAUUCCACCUGAAUACCUGCUGGACCUCAUCCCUCGUAUCAGACCCCGCGCCUUCUCCAUCGCCUCCUCCAUGCUGGCUCAUCCUGGCCGGAUCCAGAUCCUCGUGGCAGUAGUGCGGUACAAGACGCGGCUCAGCAGGCCCCGCCGUGGUCUCUGCUCUACAUGGUUGGCGUCUCUCAACCCAGAGCAAGGUGAUAUCCGGGUACCUCUUUGGGUGAAGAAAGGAGGAAUGAAGUUCCCAGCUGACCCUGACACUUCUGUAAUCAUGAUUGGCCCUGGCACAGGGGUGGCACCUUUCCGAGCAGCUAUACAGGAGCGAGUGGCAAAAGGACAGAAAGGGAACUGCUUGUUCUUUGGCUGCCGCCAGAAAUCCAAGGACUUCUACUGCCAGGCAGAGUGGGAAGAACUGGUGACAAAGGGCUUCCUUAUGCUUUUCACGGCCUUCUCCAGGGACCAGGAGGAGAAAGUGUAUGUUCAGCACCGCAUCCGGGAGAACGGACGGCUGCUAUGGGAGCUGCUGAAUGGCCAGAGUGCUCACAUCUACCUGGCUGGGUUGCCUCUCUGAGGCAGUUCAGCUGCUCACCUGAGCUGCCUGGAAAUUCUCAACCAGUGGCCAAAAGCUGGUGUCCAGAAGCUGGGAGCAUUCAGAGGCAGAGUCUGCAGCUCCUUUCCUGGACAAAUCCUUUCACCUGCCUGCCCUGGUGCUGCUUGAGCAGGACAGAGGCUGCCCAGGUGAGAGCACUGUGAAAGGCUUUGGGCUCCACGAGUUGAUAAGGGAGAAGCAAUGGUGUUUGCCCUGCACCUGCGUGACCUGGAAGGCAGGACACAAGCCCAACAAGCCUUGCUGUUGAUAUAAGCAGUGAUUGCAGGAGUCUCUUUCCUGCAUGUCUCACACUUCCCGGUGCCUUGCAGGGUGAGACUGGCCUCACUGCAUUCCUGGGAGAAUGAGAUUUGUUUACUACCCAGGAAGGGCCACUGGCUGCCUCACUGCUCUUGUGCUGGUUGUGCUGCCUGCUCAACUGGGCCUCCCUGUAUUACAGUGCUGUCUGGGACCUGUAACCCACAGGUGUGGGGCUUGGGUUUGAUUUCUUUCCCAAAGCUGUAUGUCUUGGAUAGAACAGAGCUUGCAUGGCUCCCUGGUAUGGGAUUUUGGAAGGGCCAUGAGGAUGGACGGAUGUCAGGUCACUCUGGGACCUACCAGCAUAGGUGGGCUGUACCCAUGGUUCACUCUGAGUGAGCAGCUGGGGACUCAGGGCUGUCUCUCCUUGCUGGCUGUGCCCAGCUUUUCCAGCCCGGGCCAAUGAGCUGAGGGUGUCUCCUACAGAAAACAGAGAUUUGGCAUGUUCUCCAUCACAGACACGGUUCCAGUAUCUUGCACUCACAUAUCAGUGCCUGACUCAGAAGCAAUAUGACUCUUCUAAAAACAGAAGACCUCGUUUCUGUGUAUUUUGAGACAUUAAUCAGCUUCAAUGCAAGUCAGAAUUCUCCCUGGUUCUUGGGAAACAGCAAAGAUGUACUCACGCCAGUUGGGGCUGCCUGGGAAUUUUUCUUUAUUGAAUGUUUUUUGUCACACAGUUCUUCAAAUGAAACUCACAGAAAAAGUCGGAAUUCCUUAUUUCCCAUUAGAAAUAAUUGCACUUGAAAGUAUUGAAUCCUAUUUGGGUGUUUUUACACAGGAGCUUGUGUUUACCUCACCAUUUCUCUUACUUUGAGGUUUGAACUGAUUUCCAUUGUAACUGCCACCAUCAAAACAAACGUUUUGUCUUUAUUGGCAGGAGGCUGAAGCAGUGGUGCCUUCAUCCUGCUCCCUUGCAGCCGUUGUCCUGCCCAGCUCAGGAUCAGACACCUCUUCCAUUGAAUGCCUCCCUGAGAUGAAAGGCUCAUUUCCUGCCCUCCUGCAGUGAAAUUAUGGCUAGGGACUGUUCCCUGUGUUUCUCUAAUGAUACUGAUGGGAAAUACAGGGGCCAGAACUGAGGACACUGAGCUGUGAUGCUCUCAGCUCCGCAGUGGGCACUGAGGGCACAUCUUUGCCUGCAGAUGCCAGUGCUUAGAAGCCCUGCGUGGGUAACGGCACUGCUUUCUAGGGAGUGGUGCAGCUGUGUCCUGAAGCUGCCUUUUACUGGUGGCAGGGAGUCCGCACUGUGGGUGAGGCGGGUUCCCACUGCAGCCAGGCAGGGUGCUGGGGCACUGGGUCUGGCUGCCUCACUGGAGCAGGGGGAAGGUGGAUGAGCCUUGGUUUUCCUGCUUCCCCUCUGUCACACCACUGCUCUCUU